AUGGUAGGAGACGGCGCGGCAUUCUCCUCAGAAGCCCGCCUCUACACCUUCUCCCAAGAAACCAAAGACAAGCUGCGCAAAUUCCGCCUAGGCACCUCACGCGCCAGAGACCCGCAAGCCGUUAUCUACCAGAUCGACAAGAAAACCCUCGAGAUCGAGCAAGCAGACGACAGUAUUUAUAGGGACAUGCAGUCGCUCGCCGAAGAGCUACCAGACCACUCGCCGCGCUUCGUACUGCUCUCGUACCCUCUGACCCUCGAAUCAGGCAGACUAUCAGUGCCGUACGUGAUGAUAUACUACAUGCCAGUGACGUGUAAUGCCGAGCUGCGGAUGGUGUAUGCGGGCGCCAAGGAGCUGAUGCGGAAUACAGCUGAGGUGGGGCGGAUCAUUGAGAUGAAGGAGGCCGAGGAGCUUGAGGAGAUUGAAGAACUGCUGAAGGGGUGA